AUGGACUCCGAGGACAAAGUACACGUCGUGGUCUCCAACGACGGCUCUGAGCAGGCGAUUGAAAAUGCCGUCCCCGAGAAGCCAGAUGAUGUUCGACGUGAUCGUCAUGGAUUUCCACUGCUCCCACAACCGACGCGUUUUCGCGACGAUCCGUUGAACUGGCCAACAUGGUUGAAGUGGCUCGUGCUCCUCCAGGCUUCAUUCCUGGCAAUGCUUGGGCCAUUCAAUUCGGCGGUCGUCAAUCCUGGACUGGUGCCACUUGCAAAGCUUUUCCACAUCCCCGUCGGCCAGGCGUCGUACCAGACGACCUCUGUCAUCAUCUCUGUGGGCAUUUCGCCUUUGUUCUGGACUCCGCUUGCCAAUGUCUAUGGAAGACGGCCCGUCUAUCUCAUUUCGACACUCAUCGGAAUUGUCGCCACCGUUGGCAGUGGUGUUGCGAAAACAUGGCACACUCUGAUCAUUGCUCGAGUUUUUAGUGGUGUCGGUGUGGGCGCAGCCAUGGCUCUUGGUGCCGCCACCGUCAACGAUUUGUUCUUUCUCCAUGAGAGAGGUUUGAAGAUGGGCAUCUUUACGGUCUUCUUGACCAACGGUGCUCACGUCGCCCCCGUCAUAGGAGGCUACCUGGUACAGACAGCCGGAGUGCGAUGGGGAUAUUACUUCCCCGCUAUCGUCAACUCGGUGACUUUUGUGAUCAUGUUCUUCGCCAUGCCCGAGACCCUCUUUUCUCGCUCUGAGAAGGUACUCGCACAACACCAGGAGAGAACCUACAUGCAGAUGCUCUUCAGCUUCCGCCGGAAUGCGCUACGGGACAGACGAGUUCACCUGCGAGACUUUAUUCGGCCGUUUGAGAUGAUGUACUAUCCCUCGGUGACGCUGACGUGUCUCUACUACAUUGUGUCGUUCGCAUUCUCCUCAAUCCUACCGGCAGUGACGGUCGCCAUUCUCUUCACGAAGAUCUAUCACUUCAAAACCGGAGCCAUUGGACUUAUGCUUGGUCUUCCACUCUUGAUCGGCUCGGCACUUGGAGAGUUCCUGUCCGGACCCUUUUCAGAUUGGUUCAUGUACCGGUACGCAAAGAAGCACGGUGGAGAGAGGAAGCCAGAAGCUCGAUUGCCCGCAUGCCUGGGGAGCCUUCUCCUCUGCCCGACUGGAAUCAUCAUCUACGGAGUCUGCCUGUAUCACAAGACGCACUGGAUGGGCCCGGUGAUGGGAAUGGCAAUUUCCAGUUUCGGUCUUCAGCUGGUAACCACCGUCAGCUAUGCGUACUGCAGUGACUGCUACAAGCCGCAGUCGGGAGAAAUCAGCAGCUUGUACAACUUCUGGCGGCAGACUUUUGCGUUUCCCUUGGGCUUUUAUGCCCUCCCGUUCGCCGCCGAGAUCACCAUUCAAUGGGCUUGGGUCACCCUUGCUCUCAUUACAGCGGUGACACUCAGGUCGCUCGUAGACCUCAAGGCACGAACAAACAUUGAGCCUCUCAGUGAAGGCGCAGAAGAGCAGCUUGAGCAACGUCAAUACUUUGACAACGAUGCUGCUGAUGCUACGGCGGCCGAUGUCACAACCCAGAGCAAUGCCGCAAACGUCCAGACUCCUAUCACCGCCACUCCAUCCGAAUCUCAAGAUCCUGAGGCAUUCUUUGGGGAGUCGUCAACUUUUGCUUUUGUUUCAAAAGUUCAAACCACGAACGUACCUCGACAAGCCCUGACCCCGGCGCACAAACGACGCCGCCUUUCAAGUUCAAGAAGCUCCCGAACCCACAGUCUGGACCCGGGCCUCACUCCCAGGGACUCCGAAGAUACGUACGAACUACCCUCGAGAGAUUUGGCCGACAGUCUUGUGGACUUAUACUUCAACCACGUGCAUCGUCUCUAUCCCUUUGUUCACGAGCCCAGCUUCAGGAACCAAUACGAGCGCAUGUGGAUCCCCGAUGGGAGUCACUCUGACACGAAAGCUACUUGGCUGGCACUCCUCAAUCUCAUUUUCGCCCAUGGGUGCGAGUUUCACGAGCCUAUUGAAGGAAUGAGCGCCUCGCAUUCGGCAACACGCUUUCUCGUACGGGCUCGAAACAUAGUGUUUGCCCAUAUCUUCAAAGAGGGCAAUUUGGAGCUUGUCCAGUCACUGCUGCUGAUGUGCCACUAUCUUCAAGGAACCUUGGAGUUGACCGAGUGCUGGAGCCUAAGUGGACUAAUGAUCAGGACAUCUAUCAGCAUCGGGCUUCAUCUCAAUCCCUCUCCUGCUAUGUCUGCCGUGGAAAGGGAAGUCAGGAAACGCGUGUGGUGGGGCUGUUUCGUUAUCGACCGCACUUUGAGUAUGAAGUUUGGCCGACCACCUUCCAUUCCCACCGGCAAUGCAUCAGAUGUUGAGUUGCCACUACCAGUAGACGAUCAAUAUAUCAUGAACGACUCAGUCAUUCCGCGCCAACCUGCAAAUCGGCCCUCUCUGACGUCCUUUUUCGUUCAGACGAUCAAGCUCGCACAUAUCAUCGACAGCGUCCUCCUCAAACUCUACUCGUCGUCGACCAAACCAUGGACCUCUACAGUUCCGUCGCCAAACAAGCAGGAUCAUUUCACAGAGAUCUUUGGCCACUCUGUUCUGUUGGAUGGAGAACUGCUGUCCUGGUGGAAUGGCAACCCACCCCAUCUGAAGGAGGACCCCGACUACCCGGACGGCCCUGAUUUCCAACGACAACGGAAUGUCAUGUACAUCCGGUUUCUGAAUGUUCGCCUGCUGCUCCAUCGCCAAUCUUUUCUCAUCUUCAGCCGACAAGAAAUCGAGGACGGUUUCCAUAGAGAUGUUGCCAUUGCUUCAUGCAACCGUUGUAUCCUGUCUGCCCGUGAUACUAUCAGGGUGAUCUACGCCCAGUACCGUCGCGGACUACUGAAUUCCCUGUGGUACAAUCUUCACUAUGUUUUCACUGCCAUCGGGGUUCUCUUGACCCUACAGACUAUGGAAAGAUGGAAGCUGGAAGCGUUAGGUCAAACCGGGCCUGAUGAGACACUGGAGCUGGGCAUGGAAUUUUUGAAGGUAGCCAGUGGUACAAGCACCCUUGCAGCAAGGUACCUGAUUCUGCUUGAGCGCAUUCAAACCCAAACGAGUGGUCGGGAAACACCCCUUCCCGGCCAGCUGUCCAGCCACGGCCACAUGACGCAGCAUCAAUCGGAUAGUUCGGACCCGGCAUUGCUCCCGUCAGACAGGACUCCCUGGCAACGGCCGCAGGACGAAGGUCAGUUGGGACUCAGCUCGGAUCUUAUCGACUUUGACGACUUACUCUUUGGCACGGGUCUUCCAAGAGACUUGCUGUCCGCUGAUUGGUCGGGGUUUGAUCCUAUAUGA